GCGUUUACGGACACGACGCGGCACGAACCGGAUCGUCUUCGUGUCCUGAUGCGAGAGCGCGUGCGAAUUUUCCAACCACCACGUGCUCGGUCGUGCUCGAGAACGAACCUUCCCGCGGGUUCAGUCGCGUACCAACCACCAUCGUCGAUGGCAAUAGCGCAGAAGUGCAUCUUCGUCGUCUUCGUCGUUGGCCUGUGUGUCACACCGUUACCUGGAAGCUGUGCCGUUGAAGUCACUCGCAACGGCGAGUUCGCGUGUUUGACCAAUGUUCGCGGAUUUUAAAUGCGUGUGCUAAACAUAACCCAUGUUUUGUGUGCUCUAGCCUACGCCUACUAAGUGAUACUGUGUGAGAAAAAGGAAAGAAUUAUCCGAAAAUGCGUAUUCACACGGUGCAGCAGCGCCGUGCACCGUCCACCAUUUCGCUGGAUGAUUCGCUCGAUCCGUCCAUGAUGGAUACGAGCGUUCCGGCUGUGUUUCCACCGGCCGUCCAUCGCUUUCCCUUCAAUGGAUUAGCAGCGGCUGCCGAGAUGGAGUACGAGCAGGAGCGAUCGCACCGUGGAACGUCCGGUGGAGCCGCUGUCCGUCCGUUGCCGACCGUUUCGGAACGCGUCGGCAGCUAUGGCCGACGGUCGAACAAUUACGACGACAACGGCAUCGAGGUGCAGCUGGCGAACGGUGAUCUAGCGUUGAUCGGAAAUCGCCUCUGCCGGGAAGACUCGGGCAUCAGCAUCAACGAGCCGCACCGGGGUCGGUUUGAGCGGCUAAAGAACAUUUGCUCCUUCGCUACGCUGUCCAGCGGUGGCGGAUCUGACUCGGAACGAUCGAACGGAAUGACUAGAAGCCAGCACUGGAUGCUAAUGAUAACGCCCGUCGUCUCCAGCUUUUCUUUAGCUCUCGUAAUUGCUGCAGUAGUCGGACCACAGUGGUUACUAACCGAGGAGAAGAUCCCGGUCACAACGUACCACAACAAUACGCACGGGCAGAGCACACUGACGCCGACCACUAGCAUCAACAGCGUGCACAACCAGCAGCAACUGAACAUACAGCAUCCGCACCUGAUACCGGCCACGAAAGACGAUCUCAGCGGUGCGUUCCUGACCAAGUACACCAAAUCAUCGCUGUGGAUGCUUUGCAGCAAGUACAGUGGUGGUACCGCCCCGGGACAAUCGCAGCAUCAAAUGGGAGGCGAUGAAUUCCAAUGCUCGAGCAUUGACUACUUCCCGACCGAGGGAUACAGCCCGGAUCCGAACGAUUCGACGAAUGCCAUUCCGUAUACCGUAACGCAUUCGUCACCGUUCUUUCUCGCCUCGAACGGGGUCCUCAUCGUCAGCUACGGCCUGUUCCUGGUGGCCAUGUGCUCGACGAAGCACAAAAUCUGCUACUUCGUCUCCGGGGUGCUAUUUAUAAUAUCCGGGUUGCUGAUGCUGAUUGGCCUGAUAAUGUACAUCUCGAUACUGAAGGCAGAAAUAGGUUCCAAGCUGCGGCCAAGGUCGUCCCUGCAGGCGCCCCAGUUUUCGUUCCGCUACGGGCAAAGCUUCCUGCUGUACGUGUUCGGGUUCAUCAUUACCGAGCUGUCGGGCAUCUUGAACGUGCUGAUCUACUCCAACGUGCAGCAGGACGAGUACGACAGUGCGCAUCACGGUGACCAGUCAUCGUCCUACCCCACCUACCAGAACCUGUCCGGUGGCAUACAGUACAAUCUGCACUACCGCCGGGAAUGGGCCCAUCCGGGCGAAGAGUCUGGAAAAGAUCACCAAGAUGGUCCACCUAUCGUUGACUACCGAUACCCUUACGAUGGGCUCGACGACUGUGAGACAUCGCCGCGAUAUUACUUCGAGCAGGAGCAGCAACAGCAGCAGUCACAACUUCAGCAGCAACGCGAACAACAGGUGGACGACAAUGAGGUGGAAUGUAAUCUGCAUAGACGUGCAUAUGGAAGAAUGACGCACGAAGGGUUGUCGAAGAGUCUUACGGAUCUGCUCUACAUGGAGCCGGCACAGGUAAAACCUGACCGGAGUGUUACCUGGUCGCGGGUACGAGCCAACGGCGAUGGCGAACGUACAGACCAGGGCGUUGAUGCUCGCACACCGGAUAGCAACAUGGAGUACACCCAUUACUGGUCGUCAACGGGUAAGCUCACGCGCAGUGUUUCAACCUACACAGAUCUAGUCCCGCUCGGUGAGCAGGAAGGCUCAGUGCGCAAUCGACGAGCCCGUUCCCGAUCACCCGCGCGUAGCGACGAUGAGAUGACGGGGAAAGUGAACAACAUAUGCGGUCUGUCCCGUCACUAUCUGUCCCGGGAGCUUUCCAAAGAGAAGCUGUUCAAUGAGUUCUGCAAAAAAGUGGGACCACGGCCAAAACCAAAGAACAUCUACUACAUCGAUGGUCGCAACGGUGACGACAGCUACCGGAGCGUGUACGUGGUGGAUCCGUCCUCUUCAUCGCUCCAUUCGCCUGGCCCGGCUGCACGCAACCGUUCCUCCUCACAGCGAAGACGCAACUCGACGGCAGACGCAAGACGCCGACUAGCAACUCAGGAUCAGCUUCCGCCCAGCAGCACAUCCAACUAUCGGCAGCGCAUACAUUCGGACAACUCGUUGGAUGAUUUGAUGCAUGAUACCGAUGGCCGGUAUGGGCGUCGGCGGGAUCCGAUCGGACGUGCACGUUCGGUCGACUACAGACAAACGCUACCGCGUAACUUUCAGCAACGUCAUCUAGCCGCCAGCGAACCGGAAGACGAGACGGGCGGAUUCGGUGAGCGGAUAGCGCUGGAGCGGAAGCGAAUUUCUGCCAGCGGACUUUUACUGGAACCAGCAAGGGCAAACGUUUCACUCGAAGAUCUCACUUCGGAUAGCAGAUGGCACAAAGGUGGCGUAAGACACUCGUUACAACACCCUGCCUCUAUAGACAUCAACCGUACAUCAACCACCUCUUAUUGUCCCAAAUAUCUGGAUCCUCCUCCUCCACCCACCUACACUUCCGCCCUGUCCGCUGGUGGGCAACAUCAGCGGGAGGAUUUUUCCUCUGCCUCUCAUAUGUACCGGAGUUACGGUGAUCUAACUACCCAGCAGCAGCAGCAGCAGCAUCAUCAUCAGUUGCGCCGUCCAACCAUCCUUUCGCCCCAGAUAUUCGUACCCAUCAGUCAGCCGGCAACACCACCACCAUUACGCCCUAUGCUACAGCAAUCCCAGCAGCAGCAACAGUCACAUCGUCAUGUGCAUCAUCAGCACCAUCGACACAAUGGAACGCAACAUCAACAGCAGGUAACGAUUACAGGCAGCCGCAAUCAUUCGCUGCCAUCGCCCGUUUUCGAUCUGGACCGUAUCGAGCAGGAAAGGCGCAAAUCCCAUUCCCAACUGUUUCUCAACAGCCCAGCGGACAGUUCUUCCGUUGGGCAGUAUGAUUUCGUUAACGGAACGGCCGUUUAGAGAGGUUGUGUUGAUGUUUCACAAAAUUCGUUCAGAAAACACACUAACAUCAUAUCUAUCAUUCACAUUUAGAAGCUAGAGCUAUAGUUAAGAAGCUGUUUGUAUACUAGUUAUGUAAUAAAUGGGUGUUAAAGGUUUUUUUCUUAGUUACUCACAUA